CAUACUUUUCAGUAAAAUGUUUUGAAAAACAUUUCUGAAAGUUGUCAAAAUCAUGCUUCUGAAAAGCUUUUUAUACUCGUGGGGUCUUUAGCAUACAUUCCUGAAAUGGGAAUGAGAAAGAAUUUGAGAUUUCCUAUUUAGAAUUCCCACUUUUCUGCCCAAGACGGAAGUGGAAAUACGAUAUUUACUGGAAGAGUUGAUUCACAAUGGCUUCUAUGACGAGGGCAUUUACUCAACUAUUCGCGUACAAGAAGUCGUUGUUCUGUAUGAUCUUCGUAGUAGCCCUCAUCCUAUUCAUAGAAAGCUUCUUCUAUGUGUACAGUGAUGCAGACGAGUCGUUACUCGAAACUAUUGGAGAACAGUUUGUUAAAUUUGAAGGUAAAUUAGGUAAUGAUGUCCAUGUCAUACCAGACGUCCCACAAAAAUCACCCGAAUAUGAUGAGAACUGGAUGGAUAGCUAUUCCGAAGAGAACUUAUAUUAUGAUAAAGUUGAUCAUAAUCUCCAAAAUAUAAAGAAACCAGCAGCUUAUGCUGCCAAACACAAGCUUCCCAUCAUUAUUUGGUGGACUCAUUUUACUGGUGGUAAUAGUAUAAAGAGGUGUCCAAAGGGUGAUUGCUAUAUUACAGAGGCUCGUAAAUUCAAGACUCACCCAAGAACAAAAGGGUUCCUGUUUUAUGGGACUUCAUUCACUGCACAUGAUCUACCACUUCCUCGACUAGCUCACCAUGAAUGGGGUUUGUGCCACGAAGAAUCACCUAAAAACAACCCUAUCUUACAUCACCAAUCCACCAUCGAGCUCUUCAACCAUACUUCAACAUUUCGCCGUCAUUCAGAUUAUCCUCUAAUAACUCAAUUCCUAAAUUCCAUAGAAACCCUUCUUACUCCACCUCAAUUUAACUUGAACCAGAAAAAAAAGAAUGGACUUGCAUCAAUAAUUUACAUUCAGUCUGGKUGUAACCCACCAUCAGACAGAGAUGCUUAUGUAGAAGAGUUAAUGAAAUACAUCAAGAUAGAUUCUUAUGGUAAAUGUCUCCAUAACAAAGACCUUCCUUCUAAAUAUGUAGACCCUAUGACAAUGGAUGAAAAAGGUUUCCAUGAUAUCUUAGCCCAAUAUAAAUUUACUCUGUCCAUGGAAAAUGGAAUCUGUGAAGAUUAUAURACAGAAAAAUUGUGGCGUCCAUUAAUUUUAGGCUCAGUUCCAAUUUAUCGUGGAUCUCCUACUGUUAAUGACUGGAUGCCGAACAGCAAGUCAAUUAUUUUGAUUGAUGAUUUCAAAAGUCCUAAGGAACUAGCUGAUUACAUUCACUGGCUUGACAAUAACGAUAAGGAGUAUUUGAAAUACCUUCAAUAUAAGACUGAAGGCGUAACUAAURAAAAUUUGUCAAAUUUCAUGAAAGCAAGACCUUGGGGACACACAUUUAGUGAGCAAACAUUUGUUUCUGGCUUUGAGUGUUUAGUAUGUGACAGAAUUCAUGAUAAUCUGAAGCUGGAAUCCAAUGGAUUGCCAAAAAAGACGCACAUUGCAAAUCAGGAUCAUUAUGGCUGUCCUAGACCAGUCAUGUUUGAUUUUCAAGACUCUAAACUUGUUGGUAAAACUUAUGAAAGAAGGAUAUGGAUGGAUGAAUAUGAUCAGAGUAAAAUACAGUCAGAAAUGCUUAAGCAAAAAGUACUGAGUUCCACCCCAAAGCCAUUGGAAAUUAGUUAGUUACUUCAAAAUAAUGCAGUACAUACAGUAUGACCACCUGCGACAUGUCAAUUGGUGAGGAGUUAGUGAAGUGUUGGUAAAAUGUCAACUGAUGAUCACCCAUCAGUCACCCAAUAGACUACUUUGACAAUACAGUGGCCAUCUUGGGAGGGCAUCCAGGGGGUAAAUAUAGAGCUAAUAUGAGGCUUAAUGAUAUAUUUUUCUUUAUAUCGCCUGUUAUUAUUACAUCCAAAGACAGCACAUAACAUGCCRUUACCCAUGAAAGAAGGGUAAACUCAACUCGAUAUGUGAUCUUCCAUUUUUGUUUUGCUCCCCUGGAGGCCCCUUAAUGCCUUUUGAUCCAAGAUGGCUGCUGUAUCCUCAAAGUAGUCAAUAAUUGUUGAUUGAUAGAUAACGACUAGUUUUGGAACUAGCUUGGAUUGACAUGUGUGGGCUUGUUGAUUGACAUGUGUCGGCUGGUAAUAAAUGAAAUACAGCAAGUUUGAGUUAAAGUCCUUUUAGAGACUGCUCCAAAAAUUAUAAAAUUUUUCAUGUUUGUACACCUAAAUACACUUAUUUCAAUAAAGUUAGUCACCUGAAAAGCUACAAAGCUGAGACUGACAAGGAUUAUGGGUACUGUAGAUACAUUUUACAUGUUUCAACUKCUUGAUAAACUUGAGUUCUUCUACUAGUUACAAGUUAACCUCCUCUGAGCAUCCUCAACUGCUGCAGUUUGUGUCAAAAGCUUUACUUGUUGGAUAUAAAACAUUUCCUUAUGAUUCUCAGAGAUCACAGCUUUCUAGGUUUUUGGUGACUAACUUUAUUGA